AUGAUGCUGUGUCCGGCAGUAAUAGUUUCCCAACCCUAUAGCAGUUUUAUUAAUGCUGAAUUUUCUUUGUUUCCGAACCAGCUUGAUGAUUCAUUGGUGGCUAGGGAGCUGGCAAUCACUGACUCGGAGCACUCAGAUGUUGAAGUCUCUUACACAGACAAUGGGACGUUUAAUCUGUCCAGGGGACAAACUCCACUCACAGAGGGAUCAGAAGAUCUGGACCGCCACAGCGAUCCUGAAGAAUCGUUUGCCAGAGAUCUUCCCGAUUUUCCUUCCAUCAAUCCCGACGCCACCCUGCUGGACGACGAAGACGACACCAGCAUUGGGAUCCCCAGUGUACCCUACAGAUCCCUGACCCAAGAGGAAGCACGCUUGUACUCGGACCAAGAAGAAAUCAAUACAGAGCUGUCCCUUAGUGGGCUUCUACCUGCAAACGACUUCACCAGUGACAUUGCUGGGAUCAUAGCCAGCAACAUGAUUCAAGCAGCACUGGCUGGAGCUGUCCAGGGCCCUCCCAGGAGAGACAAUCCCCAGAGGGCACCCCCGAGAGGUUACCGCAAGCAGUCCAGCUCCGAACUGGACACUGACGUGGAAGGGGACGAUUUUGAAAUGCUGGACCAGUCGGAGCUUAGCCAGAUUGAUCCGACUGGGUCUCAGAGCAGAGAAGGGGGCCAACAGCAGCAGUAUUCUGCUUCAGGAUUUAUAUCCAACCUCCUGAGGAAACAGUAAUAAGUUUUCAACACGUGUGGUGUACAGUAAAUGUCCAAAUAUCAUUGUGCUGUUGUGUGUGUGUAUGUGUGAUGAUCGCUGUGGUGACCAAACUCUCUUUUGGUCGUGUUUUCUUAUCACUGUGACGUACAAAGCAUCAUCGCUUUAUUCUCCUCCUACCGCCAUGCCACAAAAGAAAUUAGAAAACAAAUCAGGCAGAGAUGAAGCAGUAGGGCAGUCACGUGAUUUGUCCUGUGAGCAGGGAUGUUGUAGGACCCCACUGAUAGGAAUUGCGAGUCCCUCAGUCCCAUUAAAUAAAUGAAUUAGUGCAGAUAUCUUAUCAUAGUUAAAUUUAGGUAUCAGCAGGGAACCAGUCACGCAUGUCUGUAAUGUUUUUACUUAAUCAGGUAUCAUUUCUAGGAUGUGUUUGUAAAAUUUAUUUUUUUAAGGUAAUCUGGCAGCACACAUGCCAAUAAGAGCUUGAUAGCAAAUGGGGACACAGAGAAACCCUUUGAAGUUUACCACUUGUUUUAAACUGAUCAUAUUUCUGUAUGGGAACCAAAAAUCACGUGCCCCAUUUUAAAAAACGAUCUCUUGCUUGUGUGAGAAUCGCACUGUACUGAAACUGAAUAAUAGAAAUUAACUGACUUUUUCUUAGCCUGUAAAUUGAGAACUUUCGUGAUAAAGAGAAUGCAGUUUGGGUCUAGAUACUGCCCCCCUUAGGAAUUAGGUUAUAGGUGAACAUCACCACUAAAGAAUAAACACUGGGUGUAUACACAUCUGAAGUUUUCUAGCUAGUAUAGAUAGCAAAGACUACAGCAAGACUUGGCUAUAGGCCAUACAUUAAUACAAUAUCUAACCCAGAUAGACCAUCUGAGCCACAUUUGUAUGACCUGUUUAUCCAUUUUGCUGUGUUUGCGUGGUAAAUCAACCUCUUGAAUGAGUCUUAACACUUGUGGUGUGUGUGUUUCUGUGUAUACUGUGAAUGCACUUUCUGAAAAACUGACAUUGAUUACACUUAAACACUUUAUAAAACAUUCAGAUUAGUAAUAAAGUUGCAAUAGCAUUGUUAAACAUCAAAGUAGUAAUACAGGUGCAAUCUUAACCAUUUCUUGCAUAUAUACAGAAGGACCAAUCAUGUAUCACUUAGUGAGUACCAUACGUUAUGUGUCAAGUGAUAAGAGUUUGUGGUUUGGGAUUUCUUGCUGUACAAAGUCUGUGGGAUGUAGAAAGCUGCAGACUCCUUAUUUGCACAGCUUAACUAUUUCUGGCUGACUCUUGACUCUACUGAGUUCAUUAACCUGAGCCUGUGUGGACAUGAGCUCAAUUUGCAUGUGGAAACAUCCCUUCCCACUUAUUUAUUUUUAGUUUAGAAUGCUUUGUUAUAUUUACAUAUCUCAGUGUUGUUGUUUUCUUGUGCUUCUAUUCAUCUUACUUGCAAUAAGAGUUGCUUUAUGUUAUUGCAUUUUAAAAAGAUGUCUUGGCUUACAAAGGACAGCACAAUAAGUUGCUUACUGAUAGACACAGACAGUGGUAGUAAUGCUUACAAUUUGCAAAACCUUAAACAAAGCAUUCCUUUAAAAAAAAUGCAGGUCCUAGACACAGAAAGCCUCUGUCCAGGCAUACUGCAAUAAAGUGUCAAUCGAGUGUAACUCCCCAGCCAAGUGUCGUUCUCUUAGCGAAUGGCAGAUGCACAGCAAUAUUAAAAAGAAAAUUGAUAGUCCAUUAAUUUCCUAUACAGUCAGUAUUCUUGAUUUCUGAAUAUGCCUGUAUAUUAUACUACUGUUGUACCUGCCACCUCAAGGAAAAUUAUUUUGUGAUUGCAAAGAUGUUAUUUGAAUCUAAAGUGCAAACCUGCAUGACCUAUUGGUUUCCGUCCAUGUUGCUACCGAAAAUAUGUAGAAAACCCUUUUAUUUUGUCUUUAUACGUUUGCACAACAAAAUAACUUGCAAGUAUUAGAAGCUGAAAGUUGAGUUGAGCAAUCAAUUAAUAAAGAUAGCAGUUAAGGGGUUUAUUAGCAUAUAAAGCAUUUUUCCUCCUCCUUUUAAAAGGCUUUUGUCUUAAAAGGUGUCACUUUGGUUAAUUGAAAUAGAUUAUUUUAUUAAAUUAAGUGUCACAAGACUAUUUAAAUAAUAAGAUGCGAAGCUCAGAAUACAAAGAUCUGCUGGGUCUUCUAUAUAUUCAGAGCAAAUUUUUUUUUUUUUUAUCUGUGAUUUAUCAAUGUAUAUUGUCCUGUGAUGAAAGGUAUUCUUAAAUCAUAAUUGGCAAAAAAAAAAAAAAAAAAAACUGCAUACAAAAAUGACUUGUGCUCUUGUUGUAUGAUAACUAAAAAAAUGUUGUUACAGCUAUACCAAUAAGGGGUGGAUGUGUGUGUGUGUUUGUUAAAGCACUAAUAUUUGUUUUGAAGCAUGUUGGGUUAUAGCAAUUUGCUGCAGGAUCACUGACCCUUAACAGAACCUGUAACAAAUUCUACCCCGCUCAGAAUAGAACUAUAAUUUAGAGAAUGCUCACUCUGUUUAUUAUUUAACCUGAUAAUGCUCUUGAUGGAAGUCUGCUUAACCCUUCUGUAUAUGUAGCUGAUAUUACUGCCAGGAGCUCCUGAAUUCUCAGGGGUAAAAGGGCUGAAAUGAUAUUCCUGAAUUCUGGCUAUUUUUUAGGCUUGGUGGAUAUUGUUUUCUGCACAGUAUUGACAGCGGUGUGGUGCAAUUUGUACUUGCCUGUUUAACACAGCACAUGUUUUUAUGUCAGCCCCCAUUCUUCACUGAUAGCAAAAGGAAAUAGCUAUGUACUAGAGCACUAUAUAUGUGUAUUUAAUUUAGAAUAUUUUGUAACCAUUGAGCUGCUUGAAUCUCAAUAGAAGCGAGUCUACUUGCCAGUCCUAGUAUGCAUUCAAUACAUGACAGGAUGUAUAGCUGUUUUUAACUCAUGCAUUUCAUAAAAGAAAAAAAUAUAUCAUUUUACCUAGACGAUGAAAAAUCAGGACACCCCCACCCCC